GUCCACCACAUAAACUAUCGAAACUCUUUUGCAGGCGGCGGUUGUAAAAGGUUACAGAACCUCCGUUCAACAUUAUCUGUACAAAAAAAACAAUACUGUUCGAUUCAGAGAUCGCCGUCGUUUAACAAUGGCCGAAAAACUGAUGCACGCACUUCAAUACGAAUCUUACGGCGGUGGUGUCUCUGCUUUGAAGCAUGUUCAAGUUCCGGUUCCAUCGCCAAAGGGAAACGAGAUUUUACUGAAAUUAGAAGCUACUAGUCUAAACCCUGUUGAUUGGAAAAUUCAAAAAGGAAUGAUUCGGCCUUUUCUGCCUCGCAAGUUCCCCUGCAUUCCUGCUACUGAUGUUGCUGGUGAGGUCGUGGAGGUGGGAUUAGGGGUCAAGAAUUUCAAGACUGGUGACAAAGUUGUAUCAGUUCUCAGCCAUCUUACCGGGGGCGGACUUGCUGAAUACGCUGUUGCAAGCGAGAAACUGACAGUCAAAAGGCCUCAAGAAGUAGGACCAGCUGAAGCAGCCGCUUUACCUGUGGCGGGCCUAACCGCUCUCCAGGCUCUAACUAAUCCGGCAGGAUUGAAGCUGGAUGGUACAGGCAAGCGAGCGAACAUCCUGGUCACAGCAGCAUCUGGUGGUGUCGGCCACUAUGCAGUCCAGCUAGCAAAGUUAGGGAACGCUCAUGUAACCGCCACAUGUGGCGCUCGGAAUAUAGACUUCGUCAAAUCAUUAGGAGCGGACGAGGUUCUUGACUACAAGACUCCAGAGGGAGCUGCUCUCAAGAGUCCGUCUGGUAAGAAGUAUGACUCUGUGAUUCACUGCGCAAAUGGGAUACCAUUUUCGACAUUCGAGCCAAAUUUGUCUGAAAAUGGAAAGGUAAUAGACAUCACUCCGGGGCCUAGCGCGAUGUGGACUUUCGCGGUUAAGAAAAUAACCAUGUCUAAGAAGCAAUUGGUUCCACUUUUGUUGAUCCCGAAAGCUGAGAAUUUGGAGUUUAUGGUCAGCUUAGUGAAAGAAGGGAAAGUCAAGACUGUGAUUGACUCGAAGCACCCUCUGAGCAAAGCAGAGGAUGCUUGGGCAAAAAGUAUUGACGGUCAUGCUACUGGGAAGAUCAUUGUCGAGCCAUGAGUAGCAUUCUGCUUGUGCCGUUGUGUAUGUUUCUAUAAGCUUACACUUUGAUUCUCGUUUUCUCAUUGCUUUCUUUCUUUUGUUUAAUAUUAUACUCAACUAUGUCACUGGUAACAAAAACAUAAACAUGAAUAUAGAUUUGAGUUCAUGUUCAGCGACGUUUAGAUUGGUUUCAUCCAAUACAGAAGAAACUUAUAUAAAACUAGAGCUGGGAUUUUUAUCCGGGGUUUAGAUUUGGA